AUGGUGAAUCCAAGUAGUCGAAGCUUGGAUUUCAAGAUUGUUUUGGUGCUUACGGCAAAACCAAAUCACGUUGCUUCUUCUGUCGUCUCUCAUCCCCUCAACAAGUUCAAAGGUACCUCCAUUGCUCAUUCCACCCUCAUUUCAUCAUUUUCACAAUUUGGCACCAGAAUAUUUACCCCCAAAACGAUUUCAGCUCGGUUUCUUUCAACAUCUUCUCCCAAUCGUCAAACACUGGUUAAUCAUCCUCGAUCUGUAAGUAAGAAGAUUACUAACCUUGAUGAUGCCAUCCAACUGUUCGAUGAAAUGACUAAGAGGGAACCUCUGCCCUCAGUUUUCAAAUUUACCUAG